AUGCGGCCGGGACCCGCGCUCCUCCUCCUGGGCCUGGGCCUGGGCCUGGGCCUCGGCCUCGGCCUCGGCCGCCUCCCUGCGCCCCGGGCUGCUCGCGGGGUGCGGGCCGCCGUCCCCAGGUCGCCCGCCUCGCUGCCCGGCGGCCUUCUCAGGGGCGCCCCGGGCCUCGGGGGGCGCGGCGACCGCCUCCGCCUGCGGCCCCGCGUGGCCCCUGGGGGCGGCGUGGUCCUGAGCGGCGGCCGCAGCCUCUGCCUCCCUGGCGGCCCCACGCGGUGGCCGCGCCGGGCCUGCCUCCGCGUACACGUCCUGCUCCGAGCCGGCCGAGCUGCCCGCAGCGCCAGCGCGCCCACCCACGUGGACCUGUACCUGUCAGCCGCCGGGCGCCGGCUGGCCCUGCUGUGGGUCACCCCCCGGCUGCGCUCACCUGGGCGACUGCAGUGGACGUUCUAUCUCUGGCCCGUGGAGCCCGGAGUGGCCGCCGCCGCCUCCUCCCACGUGUCGCCCCGUUCCGUUCUGCCUGGAGAGCCUCAGCCCUACCUGGGCUUCGUGGCCCAAACCAAAUGUCCUACAGAUGGGCCCACCCGUGUCGUUUUAAAAGCUGUCAACUCAAACAGUUCCCAAGACAUGGAGUCUUCCGUGUCCUGCCAGAUGUCACCACAGGUGCCCUGCGUUAUCCAACAGGUAAAGAUCAUCAAUACGGAUGAGGAAGGGUCUCCCUUGAGAUUGACCAGGAAGAUGGAAGCCACCAUCAAUGUCACCGAGGCGUUUGACUGCCUGUUGGCCCUGUCCAUUUCUCGGCGCUGGAGAGUCUACUCUGUGCCUUCUGUAUAUGAUGAACCAGACUGGCCUCACCCUUUGGAUGCACCACAACUCCCAUUAGGGAGACCUCCAACAACGAUACAUAUCCCCCAGAAUUCGUUAUCUUUGGGGGUAUAUGUGUUUAAUUUCACAUUGUCCAUCAAUGUAUCGGAUCCCAUCAAGCGUACCUUACGAGGUUCAGAUUCUAUCUAUGUUGCCAUUGUUAAGAGUUUCCUGAAGGCGGUUAUUCUUGGGAAGUCCAACAUAACAGUUGAUUUCACAGAUGGGCUGGUUCUGAAUGGAACAACGUCCUCUGAUCCAGAUGCAAACAACCCUUCAGAAGGCCUCCAGUUUUCUUGGUACUGUACCACCAAUCCAAAAAACUACCAUACAGAUAGAAUAACAGUGAUGAGCAAGGACGUUUGUCUCCCAGAGCAGGCUGAUCUGAAGUGGACAUGGGCCUCUGGCCCUGUACUAACACUUCUGCCAGAAACCCUUAGAGGUGGCCAUGUGUAUUUUUUCAGAAUGGUGGUCCAGAAGAAUGACCGAACAGCAUUUGCUGAUAGAAGGGUACAUGUGCUCCAAGGACCGACACCUAUAGCAGACAUUUCAUGUAUUGAAAAUUGUGAUACGGUUUUAGUUGUAUCAGAUAGAUUUUCUUUGUUUCUAGACUGCACAAAUUGUGCAAGAAACCGUGAUUCCUAUAAAUGGUCAAUUCUGUUGUCUUCAGGUGACGAGAUGCCAUUUGAUUGGACGGGGCAAACGACGACAGGGAGAAAUGGUGCUUAUUUGUCUGUAAAAGCGUUUGCUUUUAAGCAUUUCUCUGAAGCUAAGUUUUGGAUUUCUCUAUCUGUAGCAACUUGGAGUGGAGCAAACUUGUCGUUCAGGCAUUCCUUUAUUAUUAACCACGUCCCUGAAAUCGGAGAAUGUGAAAUUAACCCAGCUAAAGGAAUUGCAUUUUUUACUAAGUUUGUUGUCCAGUGCCGUAAUUUUAAGGAUAAGAACAUGCCUCUUACAUAUAAAAUAAUAGUUUCUGAUUUGCAUGGUUUGGGUGAAAUCAGUUCUUUAAAAGAGAACACCUUUGGGGCCAUCCUGUAUUUGGGAAAUAGUCCCACAUCACCUCCUUCCUUUCUUCCUGUUGGUGGGUUGACUGCUCGCCAUGGCGUGAAGAUACAUGCUCAGGUAUAUGACUAUCUAGGAGCUUUUUCUCAGGCGACUUCUUACGCCACUGUAGAGCCUCCUACUAAUAAAUACUCGUCAGAGGCUGUGCUGCAUCAGUUACACAAUGCCACCAUGGGACCCAAUUCAUCACUGUCGAUCUUGCUUCAAAAGCAGGAUUUUUUAGCUGCAGGUUAUUUAAUGUAUAUAGCAGCUUCCAUUUUGAAUAGCAUGAAAACCGAAGUAACUCUGCAAGCUGACAGAGCCAAACUCCAGGAACACCUCGUCAAUCAGUCCUUCCUGCUUCCUGUAAGCACUUUGGAGGAAAUUAGCCAGGUAGUCACAACUAUAACGAAAUUAACCCAGGGAGCCUCUGAAUUCACUCGAGUUGCUCAGAAACUUGCCACGGUCAGGCUCUGGCAAGCAAGUCAAGCCCUACGACGGUAUCAACAAAAAGAUAAACACUUUCGCUCUGAACAAAUAGAAAUCUUGAGCACGGGAAUAUCAACAAGUUUUUCUAAUAUCCUAAAAGUGACUGCUCGUCACGAAGUUGCUGAAGAUCCUUUCUAUAUAGUAGAAUCUCUAGCAGAAACAGUAUUGGCUGGUAAAGUGCCGGGGAACAAAAGCACUGUGAUAAGGGGCUCCGGCUUUAACAUGUAUCUCGAGAAAACUGAAAAGUGGGAUGUUAGCAAGGUCUUCAGCAAUGAGAAAGACUGUCGAAAUUGUUUCCAUCCCACACUGAAUGUGAGCAGCGUUCCUAGUUUGCCUGCAAAUGCUCCAGUUUCCACAAUGUUUUGUGAGUUUGAAGAGGACCCUUUUCCUUGGUUAAAUUACCCCGCAAACGUUUUGACAGAGGUGGUUGGAUUCAGAAUGACAGGAGCUGCAGCUAACGGUGACGUGGUAGAGAUCACACCUGAUGUAUUGGAAGUGUACCUCGUCAGAAAAAACUUGAGCUUUGCGGCCUUUAAUCUCACAGUGGGACCCAGCAGUGACUCGUUGGUUGAUGGGUGGCUGAAAAAGACAACAGGGGCAUUUCGUUUUGAAGUGGACAGCGGAGCAGUGAAAGAGGUGUUGGUUCACAUUGUGACAGAGGUGACUGUGUUGUUCACAGUGUUGGUGUAUGCUGGCGGUCAGAUCACCCCCACUGCUCUGGUCGCCGCCUUCCUCGUGCCCCAUGACCUCCCUCCAAUUGCCAACCAGAGUGACCUGUUUGACCCGGCCUGUAUGGUGAAGGAGGCCCGCGUGGUUUGCCUUCCACCAGCCCUGCUGCAAGUCAUAGCUCAGCGAAGCGGCUCAUCUGAGUGUGCCAUAACCAUUCUUCUGCAGGCACCUCGUUUUGUCAUGGAGCCCAGUGACAAGCUAGUGAGAAUUUCUCUCUUCAGCGUAAACUGCUUGUACAUGAAUGGGAUUCAGAGUGAUUGGAGAGAAGAUACCUGCGUUCUUGGAGAGAAGACCACCUGGCACAAAGUGCACUGUAUCUGCAAGCACACAGGGAGGGCCAAGCGGCAGCUGGAUGCAAUAAAGCUAGCCAACGUUCACCUGCGCACCCACUAUUUGACGGCCAAGGUGAUUGUGGUCCCAAAUCCUGUGGAUCUACGGGUAGAGGUCAUCAAGAACGUUGUCCACAACCCUGUGACCCUUUUGGUUGUCGUUUUCAUUAUGCUCGUAUACAUAGUCCUAGCUUUCUGGGCCUUGCACAGAGAUGAAAUGGACCCACUUCUUCGGGAACAGGUGAUAGUUUUACCUGAUAAUGAUCCUUAUGAUAAUGUAUGUUACGUAGUCACUCUUUUUACCGGAAGCCGUUGUGGGUCUGGGACCAGGGCCAAUGUCUUUGUCCAACUGAUGGGGACAGAGCGUACCAGUGAUGUGCAUUGUUUAACCCACCCGAAUUUUACAACUCUCUACCGAGGAAGCAUCAACCCUUUCCUCCUGACGACGAAAAGUGACUUGGGAGACAUCCAUUCCAUUCGUGUGUGGCACAACAACGAGGGCAGAGACCCCAGUUGGUAUUUAAGUAGAAUCAAGGUGGAAAAUCUGCUUAGCAGACAAAUCUGGCUGUUCGUCUGCCGGGAAUGGCUUUCUGUUGACACCUCUGUGGACAGAACCUUUCAUGUUACGCACCCAGAUGAGCCUCUAAGCAGAAUGGACUUUUUCCUGAUAGACACCGGUUAUAAGCUGGGGAUGAAUCACCCAUGGUUCUCUGUUUUUUCUGGUGUCAUCCCUAAACCAUUCACUAGGCUCCAGAGACUGUCUUGUUGUUCAGCAAUGUUGCUGUCCUCCCUGAUGUGUAACAUUAUGUUCUUUAAUCUAAAUAAACAAAAAACCAAGGCAGAAGGGGGGCAAUAUAUCAGAUCAAUGAUGAUAGGAAUGGAAAGUGUCUUAAUUACCCUCCCUGUGCAAGUAAUGAUCACAUUUCUGUUCACCUGUUCCCAGAAGAAACCUCAAGCGACUCUAGAUGAGGUGGCUCCUCAGGAGCAUCCCUUGAUGUCAGAAGAAAGUGGGUACUGGGAAGAACGUUUGGAAAAGUGGCAUGCUCACGAAAGUGCUGAGCCACACGCCCAGGAGGCUGAAAAGCUUCCAUCUAGGAAAAAGACUAGACUUCCUAAGGCUUCUGUCAAGGCAACCUCUAAAAGAGGGCACCAGCGUAAGAAAGCAGGAAGCAAGGUCUCACAUCUCCACAGAACCAAUAUAAAUGCCAGUAAUGCAAACGUGAACAACAGUCAAGAUGUUCCUCCUGCAGAGCCCGCUUCCCAGGAGGAUCCUACACCUGUCGAAAAGCCCAGGAUUGUUCUGCCUUGGUGGUGUGUUUAUAUAGCCUGGUUCCUGAUUUUUGCCACUUGUAGCAUAUCCUCAUUCUUCAUUAUAUUUUAUGGACUGACUUAUGGCUAUGAAAAGUCAACAGAGUGGCUCUUUGCAUCAUUUUGUUCAUUCUGUCAGUCAGUUUUUCUGGUGCAGCCAUCUAAAAUUAUCCUCUUGUCAGGCUUCAGAACAGGUAAGCUUAAGUACUGUAAAAAUCUUUCGUGGGUAAGCAAGUAUCGUUACAGUGAGAUCAAGCUGCACAACGUGAGCAUGCAGCCCGAUGAGAGGCGCAAGCUUCAUCAGCGCAUCACCCAAAUCCGAGGCACGAGGAUGUACCAACCCCUCACAGAGGACGAAAUCAGAAUAUUCCAGAGAAAGAAGAGGCUCAAGAGAAGAGCUUUGCUCUUCCUGAGUUACAUUCUAACUCAUUUUAUCUUCCUAGCCCUUCUAUUGAGGCUUGUCGCCCUUCUACACCACACUGACAGCUUUUACUAUAAUCAGUUCAUUCGUGACCAGUUCUCCGUGGACCUUGCUACGGUGACCAAGCUGGAAGACAUCUAUCGGUGGCUGAACAGUGUGCCGCCGCCUUUGUUCCACAAUGACCUGAACCCCACGUUUCUUCCUGACAGCUCUUCUAAAAUCCUCGGCCUUCCACUGAUGAGGCAAGUGAGGGCAAAACCUGGUAAAAAAACUUGUCUGCCUGCCAAAAACUUUGUGCAAACCAGCAUGGCAGGAGAAAUUCAUUGUCAUCCCGAAUAUGGCACCGAUCCAGAAGACACAGAAAACUAUUCUAGCCUUUGGAAUAAAGUUAAAAAGCGGGCUAUCGACAAGAAUGCCAAAGGGUUUACUUAUAAGCCUCCAGAAAAGAAAUGGGUGUAUUUUUCCUAUGGACUUUUACAUACCUAUGGAUCAGGAGGAUACGCAUUCUAUUUUUUUCCAGAACAGCAGCAGUUUAAUUCCACAUUGAGGCUCGAGGAACUCCAGAGAAGCAAUUGGCUUGAUGAGAAGACAUGGGCUGUGAUUCUGGAGCUGACAACUUUUAAUCCAGACGUAAACCUGUUCUGUACCAUUUCAGUCAUAUUUGAGGUUUCUCAGUUAGGAGUUGUAAACACAAGCAUAUCUGUGCACUCUUUCUCACUUGCUGUUUUCAACGGAAAAACCUCAGCAGAAAUCUACCUGUAUGUGGCCAUCCUCAUGUUUUUGGUAGCCUACAUUGCCGAUGAGGGCUACAUCAUUAUGCAGGAAAGGGCUGCCUACGUGACAAGUGUGUAUAAUUUGCUCAACUUUGCUUUAAAAUGCAUAUUUGCUGUGUUAAUUGUGUUCUUCCUCAGGAAACACUUCUUAGCCAGUAGCAUAACUCAGUUUUACUUGUCGAACACUGAGGAUUUCAUUCCCUUUCAUGCAAUUUCUCAAGUCGAUCACAUCAUGAGGAUAAUUUUGGGUUUCCUGUUAUUUCUGACAAUUUUGAAGACCCUCAGGUAUUCCAGAAUCUUCUAUGAUGUGCGUCUGGCUCAGAGGGCCAUCCAGACUGCCCUUCCUGGCAUCUGCCACAUGGCCUUAGUGGUGUCCGUGUAUUUCUUUGUGUAUGUGGCCUUCGGCUACCUGGUAUUCGGUCAGCAUGAAUGGAACUACUGUAACUUCAUUCAUGCCACUCAGACAAUAUUCUCCUAUUGUGUUUCAGCUUUUCAGAACACUGAAUUUUCCCAUAACAAGGUUCUCGGGGUCCUGUUCCUCUCGUCUUUUCUGCUGGUGAUGAUCUGCAUAUUGAUCAACUUAUUUCAGGCAGUGAUCUUGUCUGCCUACAAGGAAAUGAAGCAGCCCGUGUUUGAGGAACCAUCAGAUGAAGCGGAAGCAAUGACCUAUCUGUGUCACAGGCUAAGACAUAUGUUUAGCUUUCUGCCCUGCCAAUCUGAGGCCAAAGAUGAACCCGAGUUCUUCGUCGACAUGCUGUAUGGGCAGCCAGUGAAGACCGGCCGCCGGUAUCUGGGGCUGAAGACCAGAAACAUUAAUGGGCAGAAAAUGGUUUAUCUUGUUGUGUGA